AUGGGUAACGCCGAAGAGGAAGUUCACGAGCUCGAAAAUACAGAUGUCCUCAAGCAAGCGACCGAAUAUACCGAAGAAGUUGCUAUAGCUCGUCUCACAGAAGAAGAUGUACAUAGGCUUUCCCGAGAUUCUCUGACUCUCAAGUCCAGGACUGGUUGGCGGCUUGCCAUGAUUCUCUUCGUUCAAGGCUGCAAUCAAGCUGGCUAUGGCGUUGAUUGGGCUGUCAUUGGAGGUAUCAAUGCCCUACCAGCUUUGCAUGCCUAUUUCGGUUUCGGGUACAGCGGUUCUACCAUCGGUGUCAUUAAUGCGCUUAUGACCAUUGGCACCGUUUGUGGUGCUCCUUUCUUGGGUUUGGCAGAUGUGAUCGGACGUCGUGGUGUCAACUUCGCUGGUAAUGCCAUUGUCAUCUUCGCGGCACUGUUGCAGGCUUGGGCAAAGAACACCGAUAUGUUCAUGGCUGGACGAUUCUUCAUGGGCUUUGGUACCGCUCUUAUGAGCUCUAGUCAGUACAUGGCUGAGAUCUCGCCGAUCCAUCUCCGUGGUAGAUUGGUAGGUGUCUUUGGCGCAUGUUUCCAGGUCGGGUCUCUCGGUAUGACUGGAGCCAUGAUCGGACUGACUACACUUGAAGGCAACUACUCCUGGCGUAUCCCGUUGCUUCUCCAAGCAGGUCUUGCUCUGGUCGUUUGCAUCACCAUCUACCUCCUGACUCCAGAAAGUCCUCGAUACUUGGUCAAAGUGGGAAAGAGAGACGCUGCAAAGCAUGUUGUUGCCAAAUACCAUACCACUAGUGGAAACUUGGAUGAGCCUCUGGUUAAUGUGGUGAUCAGCCAGAUCGAUGAGUCGCUCGAGAACGAGAAAGCAUUGGCUGGCGCGUGGUGGGACUAUCGAGUCUUCUUUACCAAGGCCGUCAGGUUUCGUAUGUUGGUUUUGACUUUGUACUCGGUCUUCCAACAGUGGAACGGAGGUGGCAUCAUCACAUACUAUCUGACUCCAGCUUUGAUUCUGGUUGGUAUCAAGAAACCUAUGGAGCAACUUGGAAUUCAACUUGGAUCGACAGCCAUAUACUUCGUCUUCACACUAUUCGGUUCCUAUAUCAUCGACAAGUUCAGCAGACGGUCUCUCAUCUUUGCUGGUCUUAUCAGUAUAAUUAUCCUGCAGACCGCAACAACAAUCACAUCAUGGCAGUAUAGUAUCAACCCUACGCACGCAGCGGCAGCUUUGACAAUUCUUUGGGUUUACACCUUCCAAGUGUGCUCCGCCACUUUUAUUGCGACCAUGCACAACCUGUAUCCAGUAGAGAUACUAUCGUUGGCUCUCCGAGCGCGUGGUAUGGGCAUCUACUCCUUCAUACAGGGCGCCGCAGGUAGUGUCCAGAACUAUGGCAUCGCAGUCGGGAUCGACAAGCUCGGAUACAAGAUCUGGGCCGUGUAUGUCGCGUACAACACUCUGCAGCUCAUUGCGUCAUAUUUUGUGUUUCCAGAGACCUAUGGGCUAAGUCUCGAAGAGAUUGAUGUGGUUUUCGAGACGCCUGGUGUCAAUCCGGUGAAGAUCAGUCUUGAUAUCCAAAAGGCUAAGAAACAAAGAGCUGUGUUGGACAACGAGGUUGAUGGGUUUGAUGGAAAAGCAUGA